GUGAUAGCUUUGAUGUUUUUAAACUUGCGAGACGAGGAGGUGGAUCGAUCUUUGCUUGACUUCUUGGAAACAUGCGCAUUCUUGUCUGCUUGAUGCUACAUCUUGUUAGCCAAUGUUUCCUCCGCAUAAUAGGCUCACAUUGUGCUGAGAAGAAGUUGGCUGCAAAACUCUCGAUGCAGUCUCGUCAAUAUCAUCGUCUUCAAAGGGGACGGAAGCGGGUAUCUCGCAGCGAAUGUUCUCGUCAUCGACGCGAGCAGACGACGCCCCAUGGACAACGUCGUGCGCGUCGUUGAGGUCAUCGUCUUGGGAGCAGCAGCAGUAGUCUUCUCUCUGUAGACUUUCGCUUUGCGCUUUUGUGGGCGCGUCAGUCAAGAGCUUGCAAGGUACAGGGACACUCUCACCGCUUCAUUCACCACCUUGACGUGGU